AUGGCGGGCAAAUCUCGGUUCACGCGACUCGACGCCUUCGCCAAAACUGUGGAAGAUGCGCGGAUACGGACGAGAUCUGGUGGAGUUGUCACCAUAGCCGCAUUGCUUAUUGUUAUCUAUUUGGUUUGGGGAGAAUGGAACGACUAUCGAAGAGUUGUCAUACAGCCAGAGCUGAUUGUAGAUAAGGGCAGAGGCGAGAGAAUGGAAAUCCACCUUAAUAUGACCUUUCCCAGGCUUCCCUGUGAGCUCCUCACCUUGGAUGUCAUGGACGUAUCGGGUGAGCUCCAGACCGAUGUCGACCACGGAGUUAACAAAGUCCGUCUUAGCUCUCUUGCGGAGGGCGGAAGGGUAAUCGAUGUGACGGCAUUGGAUCUACACAAGAAAGACGACUCCCCCGCCCAUCUCGACCCUGACUACUGCGGAGACUGCUACGGCGUCCCUGCUCCCUCCAAAGCAAAGAAACCCGGCUGUUGCAACACCUGCGAUGAAGUUCGUGACGCCUAUGCAGAGAAAAACUGGGCCUUUGGUCGCGGUGAGGGUGUCAAACAGUGUAUGGACGAGGGCUACUCCCAGCGCAUCGACGAACAACGCAAUGAGGGAUGCCGCAUCGAAGGAAUCCUCCGCGUCAACAAAGUCGCCGGGAACUUCCACGUUGCUCCCGGCCGAAGUCUGACGUCUGGAAAUUUCCACGCCCACGAUCUGGAUAACUACUACCAUACCACCGUCCCGCACACAAUGACACAUAUCAUCCACAAGCUUCGAUUUGGUCCCCAGCUUCCAGAGGAGUUAUAUAGUCGAUGGAAAUGGACGGACCAAGAUGUGACCAACCCGCUCGACAAGACGGAGCACAAGACGGAAGAACCACGAUACAACUUCCUCUAUUUCGUCAAGGUGGUGUCGACGUCUUACCUACCGCUUGGAUGGGACGCUUCGUGGUCGAGCGAGGCACACGCUCAGUUCCACGACCAGGUCCCGCUCGGUGAACAGGGGAAAUAUUUCGGUUCCCAAGGAAGUAUCGAAACACAUCAGUACUCCGUCACUUCGCAUAAACGGUCACUCGACGCCGGCGAUGAUUCCGCCGAGGGACACAAAGAGCGUCAAUUUGCUCGUGGGGGCAUUCCAUCUGUCAUGUUCAACUAUGAGAUAUCACCGAUGAAAGUGAUCAAUCGCGAGACCAGACCAAAGUCUCUUUCAACAUUUUUGACUGGUAUUUGCGCCGUCAUCGGUGGGACAUUGACGGUUGCUGCUGCUGUUGACAGAUUACUUUAUGAAGGAGGCCUGAGGGUCAAGAAGUUGCACAAGAGUUGA